UUUACUGUGAUGCACUUUCAAUGGGUGAAUUGCUGGAUGACACCAGAUCCUGCCGUUCCUGGGAAAGUUACUUUGAAAUUUUUGCGAAAGUAAAGUCUGAUGUUGGUAGUGGUGGUUUUAUUAAUGUGGAUUUUUUUGAAAGAAGUAUCUUCCUAAGUCAAUCAUUUCCUCUUAAUUCAAACGUUAAAGCUAAUGACGCAGUUUCUGCAUCUGUGACAAUGCCAGUGAAACUCACAAGUUUACCAAGAUUAUACAAUAUAAUUAUUACAAUUACGAAAAGCGACAAACAAACUAUUGCUGCUUGUGGAUCAGGUGUAGUUACUUCUAGAUAA